GGGCGGGGCGCGAACCCGCAGCGAGGGCUGGGCGCUCGGCCCGCGCGGCCCUGUGGAACUUCGGAGGGCCCAGGCGGCCGCCGCGCGGUGGCGGGGCAUCUAGCGGCUGCCGCAACCGGUGGCUUCGAGCCGCCGCGGCGAAGUGAGCGGGCCUCUCCGGCGCCGCAGCUCGCUGGGAACCGCUGCCCGACCCCCGCGGACCUCGUCAGGGUCCAGACCUGCCACCGAGGAGGUCCGUCACCGUUUCGAUUUCUCUUCGUAAAGUCUGAUUUGGAGGCUGAAAAAGAGGCUUUGGAGAGGCGAGCUGUGCCCUGGGAAGCAAGGCCUGUUCUGUACGGUGCAGAAACGCCUUGAGAGAAGAGAAAUAAAUUCCUGCGGAAAGGGUGUAUGUUAAGUUUGUCACAAGAUGUCAGCUGUUCACGUGGGGUCUAAAACGGAGCCGUCAAGUGCAGGUCACCUCCAGAUCGUGUUAUACUCCAGAGGUGGUGUGGGACGCUCAGGGCAGAAGACUGGCUUUUAUUUGGAGGGGCUAUUCCUAGCAGGUGACUCAAAGCAGUGCUGCUCUUGGCCCCGAGUGAUGUUUUGUGAUCUUACUUAUCAGUGAUACGUUUUUUGAGAACCAACUAACCAUCAAGGGGACUUGAAAGGAAGUAAGAUGGAUUUUGUGAAUCCCUGCAUAUGACUUCCCUCGAACCACGUUUUCAAGAUGUCAUACUUUAUUACAUAUAACGUGAACUGCCUGGACAUGUAAUCUAACUUGCCAGCUGUCUUGAGACGAUGAAGGAAGAUGAAUGUGUCUUCAUGCACACACUUUGCGGCCUGUUAACUGGUGUUUUGAGACAUUUGUUGAAUCCUGCUGGACACAGGACUUACAUUUGGAUCUUUGGAUGCCCAUUGAGCACUUGAAAUCUGCAAGUAAUCUUCAGAUCAUAGCAGAAUUGUAGACUUUCCUUUGUGUUGGGAGGAAAUAGCUCAUAUGCUGUGGAUAUGAACGGGGAGCAGCAGCCUGAUGCAGAUGCUGGCUCUGGUGUAGAAGAAGUGGAAUUAAGCUGGGAAGAUUACCUCGAAGAGACAGGGUCCAUAGCAGUUCCAUAUGGGUCUUUUAAACAUGUGGACAUACGUUUGCAAAAUGGAUUUGCUCCUGGGAUGAAGCUGGAGGUGGCUGUGAGAACAGAUCCUGAAACCUACUGGGUUGCCACCAUAAUUACCACCUGUGAGCAGUUGCUCCUUCUUCGCUAUGAUGGAUAUGGGGAAGACCGGAGAGCAGAUUUCUGGUGUGACAUUAGAAAGGCUGAUCUUUACCCUAUUGGGUGGUGUGAACAGAAUAAGAAGACCCUUGAAGCCCCAGAAGGUAUCAGGGAUAAAGUGUCCAACUGGGGUGAGUUUCUACAGCAGACUUUGAUGGGAGCAUGUAGUCCUCCUGUUCCACUGCUAGAGGGCCUUCGUAAUGGAAGGAAUCCUUUAGAUCUCAUUGCUCCAGGAUCCAGGCUAGAAUGUCAAGAUUUCCGGGACUCUUUAAGUACUUGGAUUGUUACUGUAGUAGAAAACAUUGGUGGAAGGCUGAAGCUGCAUUAUGAAGGACUUGAAAGUUCUGACAAUUUUGACCAUUGGUUGUAUUACUUGGAUCCAUUUCUUCAUCAUGUUGGUUGGGCUGCUCAGCAGGGAUACGAGCUUCAGCCCCCAUUAGCCAUCAGACAUUUGAAAAAUGAAGCUGAGUGGCAAGAGAUUUUGGUCAAAGUGAAAGAGGAGGAGGAAGACCCACUACCAUCUUAUUUAUUUAAGGAUAAACAAGUUAUUGGCAUUCAUACUUUUGCUGUAAAUAUGAAAUUGGAAGCAGUGGACCCCUGGUCUCCUUUUGGAAUCUCUCCUGCUACCAUCGUUAAGGUAUUUGAUGAGAAGUACUUUCUGGUGGAAAUGGAUGAUUUGCGGCCUGAGAACCACACGCGGCGAUCCUUUGUAUGCCAUGCUGAUAGUCCUGGCAUCUUCCCUGUGCAGUGGAGUCUGAAGAAUGGCCUACACAUCAGCCCCCCUCCAGGCUACCCGAGCCAGGACUUUGACUGGGCUGACUACCUCAAACAGUGUGGUGCUGAAGCUGCUCCCCAGAGGUGCUUUCCUUCGUCAAUUUCUGAGCAUGAAUUUAAGGAAAACAUGAAGCUUGAAGCGGUGAACCCUCUUCUCCCUGAAGAAGUAUGUGUUGCCACCAUUACUUCAGUGAGAGGCUCCUACCUGUGGCUCCAGCUGGAGGGUUCUAAGAAGCCUAUACCUGAAUGCAUUGUGAGUGUGGAAUCCAUGGAUAUAUUUCCUUUGGGCUGGUGUGAAACCAAUGGCCACCCCCUUAGCACUCCUCGCCGAGCACGAGUACAUAAACAGAGGAAAAUUGCAGUGGUUCAACCAGAAAAACAAGUACCAUCUUCAAGGACCGUGCAUGAAGGCCUGAAGAAUCAGGAGCUGAACUCCACAGACUCAGUUAUGAUUAAUGGAAAAUAUUGCUGUCCAAAGAUAUACUUCAACCACCGUUGCUUCUCAGGGCCAUAUCUUAAUAAAGGAAGAAUUGCUGAGCUUCCUCAAUGUGUAGGACCUGGGAACUGUGUUCUGGUCCUUAGAGAGGUCCUCACUUUACUUAUCAAUGCAGCUUAUAAACCCAGUCGUGUUCUUCGGGAGCUCCAGCUGGACAAAGAUUCUGUGUGGCAUGGAUGUGGGGAAGUCCUAAAAGCCAAAUAUAAAGGAAAGAGUUAUCGGGCUACUGUUGAAAUAGUGAAAACAGCAGAUCGAGUGACUGAAUUCUGCCGGCAAACCUGUAUCAAACUGGAAUGCUGCCCUAACCUCUUUGGUCCACGGAUGGUUUUGGAUAAAUGUUCUGAGAACUGUUCUGUACUUACAAAGACCAAAUACACACACUAUUAUGGAAAGAAGAAAAAUAAAAGAAUUGGGAGGCCACCUGGUGGUCAUAGUAACUUAGCUUGUGCCCUAAAAAAAGCCAGUAAGAGGAGAAAGAGGCGGAAAAAUGUUUUUGUUCAUAAGAAGAAACGCUCUUCUGCAUCUGUUGAUAAUACCCCAGUAGGCUCUCCCCAGGGAAGUGGGGGUGAAGAUGAGGAUGACCCUGAUGAAGGGGAUGAUGAUUCCCUCAGUGAAGGCAGUACAUCUGAGCAACAGGACGAGCUGCAAGAAGAGUCAGAAAUGUCAGAAAAGAAGUCGUGUUCCUCUUCUCCUACCCAAAGUGAGAUGUCCACAUCGCUGCCUCCAGACAGACAGAAGAGAAAAAGAGAGCUUCGCACUUUUUCAUUUUCUGAUGAUGAAAAUAAACCUCCUUCACCAAAGGAAAUAAGGAUUGAAGUUGCUGAAAGGCUUCAUCUGGACAGUAACCCCCUGAAGUGGAGUGUGGCAGAUGUUGUGCGGUUCAUCAGAUCCACGGACUGUGCUCCAUUAGCACGAAUAUUCCUAGACCAGGAAAUUGAUGGGCAGGCCCUGUUGCUUCUUACCCUUCCCACUGUUCAAGAGUGCAUGGACUUAAAAUUGGGCCCUGCCAUCAAACUUUGCCAUCACAUAGAAAGGAUCAAGUUUGCUUUUUAUGAGCAGUUUGCCAACUGAGGAGGACAACCAAAGUGAGCUGGAUCUUUGAAGCACAAAUGCAGCGAAUCCUUCCACUGGCUCCACAAGUGGAGCUGGAAUAGUCCUGCGGCUCUGGGCCCUGCAGGUGUCGGCUUGUUCUCUUUGCACUUUUAGGGAAGGAGGACCCACAUUGAGGAAGCAAAAAUUGGGCACAGAAGUGGCUCUUCUGCUGGUGGAAAUGUAGACUGAUCUUGUUCAGCAGAUUGCAGUUUUUAAAAAAUAAAAGUUGUAAGGAAAAGGCUUAUAUAAGAAGAAUAAGGAUUUCCAAUGUUGUGACCCAGAAACAAAGAAUAACCUAGGCGGUUGGAAAUAAUCCCUUUGGUUGUUUUGUUUUCAUUCUAUUCCUUCCCAUUGUAUAUUGAACUUUGUUCUCUGCUUUCACUUUCUUGGAGAGAGAGGACAUGGCUUUAAAGUCAGCACUGAUUUGGGACUGUGCCUAUGACGGGUCAGUGCGUCAUUAUCAUUGUGUUUUUAAGCUUUUUUUAAAUUAAAACAGUUCAUUUUGGGGAUGAUUAUGUGGCUGUAGGGUUUUGAAUGUAUAGUCAAACUUUGAUCCAUUUUAAAAUCUAUUCAUAGGAGUUCCUUUGUUUACUACCUCUGUUGAUAAUUGCGCUUACAGCCAUGUAUGAGGGGUUUUGUAUGAUGCCAUUUUUAAGCUACAUGAACACUAAAACUAUGAAAGAAGUUGGGGAGGGGGGAGGGACAAUUUUCUUUCUUAAAAACAUUAUGUGGGCACUUAUAAUACCACCCCCUUAACUGACCUGAUCUAAGAACUCUGUUGUACUCCAUCAUUGACCCAGUUUGGGCUACCUGUGUUAAAUGGCAUUGGAAAGACAGAAUUUCAACUUCAUUGCUCUCUACCUGUUAGUUUUCAUAGACACUUCAAUGGCUUUUAUUCUCUAGAGUUGUUUUCUACCUCUGUUUCAUUUCUAGAGUUAUUACUUGGGGUGAAAAUUGGUAGAUGUUCCUUGGACCCACAGUAAAGCCCAUUUCCCCUUCUUUCUAGAUGUGUCCAGAUAGAAAGUGUAGAAGCACAGCAGGGAAAAUGUGUUUUAGGGGAUGAUGCAGAACAAGUCGAACAGAACUUCUGCAGCAGUCGUCUUAGUGACUGGAUAAAGAUUGAGAGGUGGUUUAAGAUUCUGGAAACAUCUUUGCCUUGUCACGCUUACACUUUUCUUGAGUGAAUCCUUUAAAUUAAAUGUAAUCAGUAGUCCGAAUAUUCUCAUUUAAACUACUCAGUGUUCUUUUAGGUAUAUCUUUUGACACAGCUCAAGUUAACAUGAAACUCUAGAUGAAUUUUCACUUGUGAUUCCACUGCUAGCCAUUAUAGAAUGAUAGCAUUUGCUGUACUGUUCCAGCCUUGAGAAAUGAGGAAAAACACAUACAGAGAUUGUCACCUUUAAAUGUUUUGCUUUGCUGAGUGGUUUUUUUAAAUUAUUAUCCCAGUCACCUGCAAAUUUAUAACCUAGUAAAUCUUCUUAAGAUUUGAAAAUGUUUUAAAACUGCAAACUGGGCAAAUUCUAAACAAUUAUACAAAUAUAAGAUAAUAUUACUACAAAUUUAAACUGACUGUGGUUUUUUUCCUCCCCACUCCUCCUCAUAGCAUCUCCACCCCUGCCAAUCUGUUUUUAUGAACAUUAGCAGAUAGUCUGUCAUCUGGAUCCUGUCUUCACUGGAUAAUUGAAAAAUGAACCACCUUAACUCAAAGCCCUCCAACUAAAUCAUAUUAAUAAAGCAUAUACUCAUUGCUGAGGUUACUACCAGAUAUAUCUGAAAAGAAGCUUCAUUUAAGUAAAAGUUAAUAUGUUUGAAACUUUGAGAUCCGAUGUUUAAAAAUUGGAUUAAUUCUAUGUGGAAGAGAAGCAUUAUAUGAUGCUGGGGAACAAUCAGCAUUAAGCAGGUAGGCUUUGAGGGUGGGGAUGGUGGUAGUAAUCUUACUUAAUAAGAUAUUCUGAGAGCUGAGCAGUAAGAGCAAUAAAGCAAAGAGUGUCCCUUGAGGAAGAUCAGUAGAACAAAAAGUUUAUGGAAUUAAUGUUGAGGGCCUCAUGUUAUCUUAGGAAAAUUAAAUACAUUUACUAUAAGAGGGAAUUUACCAAAUGUAAGAACAGCAAAUAUGUUAUUUUGUCCCUCUUUUCACUUUUCUAGAAACCACAGAAUUUAGAAUCACCUCCCUUUACAGGUAAAGGGAUGAAGAUACUGGGUGGUGAAACACAGAGCCUGAAAUAACCUCUGAUCUGGGUAGAGUUGGGGCCAACAGGUGUAUCUAUUCUAUAUCAUGAUUAUUCAAGCUCAGCUUUCUCCUACAGAAAGGCUGAUUCUAACUCUAGUGGGGUUUCCUUUAAUUCUUGCAUUCUCCUACUGAUACAUAUUUUACCAGGCAAUUGUAUCAAAGGGGAAUUAUAUUCCUCUAUCCCACACGCCCCAAUAUUACAUAAGAGAGGAUAAUUGGGAAUUUAGCACAAGGCAUUUUUUAAAGUUAAAAUUUAAUUUACCUCAUAAAGCUACUGGCUCUGGGCUGUGCUGGACAGCAGUGAUGAUCAAUUUCUAUGAUGCUGAAACAUAUUAAGCUUACUGUGUUGGGGCAAAAUGUUUGUAUGGUGCACAUAGGUGCAUGAACUUUGUUUUUUAGAGAGACCACCUUCUUAAACUUAUGAAUGGUACACUGUAAGGGGACUAUCUCUGGAUUUCACCUGCAGUUGGCUCCAUAUCCUUCCUGCCUGAUCAGAAAGUUUUUCAUGGCCCAUUUUUUUGACUCUUAAUUGACAAGCUUAGAAAUAUGUUAAUGGAACAUUUCAUCUUUCUGGACCUCUAAAAGAUAGCUGACCAAUAUCAGACCGUAUUACUACUAUGUUGGUUUGCUAGAAAAACCUUGUGCUACACAUGCAGAUUGGCUGUGACAUUUUGACUAUAUUUUGUGAGCUUCUGGGGACUAUGCUAUUUUCCUUUGUAAGCCACUUUCAUCUUUCUCAUUUGAAGCAGAGUUGAAGUGGCUAAUGUAAGGAAUGCAGUAAUGGGGGCUUUAGUUGUGUUAAGUGGCUCCCAGAACACAUCUAUGUUGUAGAUAUAUGAAGUCAGAAAAGGUUACUCAACAACCUCUAGAAAAGAUGAGCUUCUUGGUAAAUAUUUGUUGACCUUAUGAUAGAGGCAAACAUAGAAAACCUGUUUAGAUCGUGGCUUUUAUAUGUCUUUUUCCCUGAAGUAAAAUUCUCACUGUGAGAGAAAGGGCAUUGGACCAUAGUCUCCUGAGGACUUGAAUAUAUUUUACUUGCCCUCUAGUACCAAUUCAGCCACUAAUGUGGUACCUUAAUACAGUUUAAAAUCUCUAGAAGGCCUUGGGUAAGGUAGUACUCAGAAUCAUUUUCCUCUCUCAAGCCAAAAAGUGUUUCUGAGGGACGCGUACAACUUCAGAGAAUCUACAUGGGAAAACUGUCACAGACACAUAUUUAUUCGUCACCCAUCACCAAAGAAAUAUGAAGAAGCUUCAUAUAUGCUUCUAUUUAAGGCACUAUUUACUGGUUUGAUUGAUUCCCAUAGAGGGACGCGUACAACUUCAGAGAAUCUACAUGGGAAAACUGUCACAGACACAUAUUUAUUCAUCACCCAUCACCAAAGAAAUAUGAAGAAGCUUCAAAUAUGCUUCUAUUUAAGGCACUAUUUACUGGCUUGAUUGAUUCCCAUAGAAGCCCCAAGACAGUUCUUAGGAGGUUAGCCUCUAUAGUGAAAACACACCUUGUAUUUGAACUCUGGUCCUAUAUAUUGAAGAUGUUCUGUGUAUGUGUAUAUAACACUUGUUAUCAGUAAGAAAUUUGUUGACCUUAUGAAGAUAAAGGAGAAGGCAUAACUAUGAGAAAUGCAGUAUAAAUCUUGGUGGGAACCAGGUACCCUCCUUUUAAGCUUAAAUUUUAAUUUAUUUCUAGGUCUACUAUAAGUAGCCAUGUGUCUCGGUCAUGAUGCUGACUCAGAAACUUUGUAGGACAGAAAGCCUCCUGUAAAACCAAAAAGAAAUGUCACUUCCCUACGAUUAUAAUUCUUCCUUGCCUUUAUUCACUUUAAAUGCUUUACUAGUGAGUUUUGAUGACUGUCCCACCCCUUUUGUGAGAAUGUGCAUACUUUGGAAACUUGAAUUUAUCCAAAUAAGCUACCUAUGACUUAGAAUUUGGCAUAUGAGUUCUAACUAACUCAAUGCCCAGCCCAAAUGGAUUUGAUUCCAGGUCCACUUACCUGGGGUGUUUUCCUCAGUGUAUGUCCCAUUCCACAAGUCCAUGGUCUUGUUUUUUGAGGGCAGCCUUAAGGGAGAGGUGUGCAAGGUGGUGGUCAUUAAAUGCACUGCAAACUGAUUUUCCUGGUUGUGGUGGUUAUGAAGUCUUGAGAUUUUUGUAAGAACCAGUAAAUCCAGGAGUGGGGGGUUGGAAGGAUGUAGAAAUAGGCCUAAAAUUCCCUCUUCUUAAGUCUUUUUUGACUUAACACACCAUUGGGUCUAUCCUGGUGCUAUAACCUAUCACAGAGGACUGUUUUAAAAGGGAUACAAGCCACACAGCCUUGCCGGACAAGUCUUUAACACCAGCACUAAAGCAUGGACCAACCCUGAGCCAUGGGAGGCAAGCAGAGAAGCUAAUGCUAACUAGUAAAAGGGUGCCACCUUUGCCAAUGGGAGUGCCUGUUCUCAGGAUGUGUGGAAACUCAGGCCUAAAGGUUUCUGGAUGGUUUAUUUAAUCUUACUACAUGCCUACUUUGGCAGAGUGGAGGUGGACAAAAGUGUUGAAAGAUGAUUGAGGGAGGUUACAAGACUUAGGCAAAAUUAGAGCUAGGUGGUCCUUUAGGUGAUUUUGCAUGAAUCUCUGAUGAAGGUAGUUUGAAUGUUACUCUUGAGAUUUUAGAGGCUCAUUUCUUUUGCUCUUCCUUUCUUCUUUUUUUUCAUUGAAUAUUCUCUAAAGACAAUCAGAGGCCUGCCAGAGAGGGACUCCUGGCUGGUUCCAGCACUGUCCUUAGGCCACUUUCUAAUAUUAACUCAUUGGAACUGAUGCACUUUGUUUAAUGUAUUUUGCCUUUUUUUUUUUUAAGCUGCUCAUUUAGAACAAAAUGAAAUGCUUAUUGCAUUGUAUCCUUCCUGCUUGCUGUUUUUCCUCUUACUUUCAAAAGUUAUGCAUUGAAGAUAAAGUACGCUUAAGGAGAAGUAUGCACAAGAAUACCUAUUAAAAUAACUCCCUUCAAGUUUGUUGGUAUAACUUCAAUGGAUUAAAAAAAUAUUUUGGAU